UAGCUCUCUUUUUUACAUGCAUGAGCUGCCAAACCUCAGAUGAGUACGCACUGCUCGGCAUGAAAGUGAACGCCACUUGUUCGGGAAUCACGCAGAGCUUCAUCGCAUGAGUUAAAACGGCCAAUGUGACCCUAACUUGGUCCCGAAGCUUUCGGGUCAGUUUCAAUCUGCAUGUCCGGCGGUAAAGUUCGCUGUCUGUUGUGAAGUCUCUAGAAUAAGUCCUGUAAAAUGGAAGAACUGUUGAUAUAUUCCAUGCUUGAUACGUGGAUACACUUUCGAAUAUAAAGCACUCUAGCGGUUUUAUGCUGUAAAGUUGUGAAAAGUGUUUGGUGUAAAGUUUGGUAGGAAAUAGGAGCACGUGAUAGCUUGGAGUUUCAACACAAGUGUUGCACGAUUCUUUGCGCAAUAAAAACUGAUCGUCACAUUGGGUGGUAUUUUUUGGAUUUGUUGUGAUCGAUGAUAGUUUGUGCAACAGUACACCAAAGUCCCAGUUCAAGGUCAACAGUUUACAAGAUUGUUGAGAUGUGUCCCAUAACUAAUUAUCAUAGAAUAAGCAAUACAAAUGUAGUGUAAGCCGUCUGUCUGAUCAGUGAGUGUGAACAUUCUGUGUGGUUGCGUUACUUUAAAUGAUUAGGUAGUAAUCAAGUCAUAAUAACCAUAAGCCAUGGCCACUAGCAUCAAUGUGCUUCUGAAGGUUCUAUUCAUAUGGACCAUUAUGCAAGCUCUGGACCUCACUGUAAGCCAAUCUCAAGACGCUACAAUCGUACUUAGUCAAGGAACUUUGAUAGGGCUGAAAGUAUUUCCAGAAACAUCCCGGAUACCUAUCUACACCUACCUGGGCAUUCCGUACGCAAAGCCACCCAUUAACGAAUUACGGUUUGCCCCACCAGUACCAAGUCCCGGAUGGAACCGAACACUGUACGCUCGUGAUUUCAAACCAAUUUGUCCACAAAUCGAAAACAGCAGCUAUGAAGAUUUGGGCAGCGAAAAUCAGUUCCGAUCGCGUGAAACCAGCGAGGAUUGCCUCUAUCUGAACAUAUGGAUCCCAGAGACAGCGAUACGGUACGGAGGGUUUCCGGUGCUGGUAAUGAUCACGGGCGAGGAGAUGGGCUUCGACUGGAACGCUAACCGUGCAAGCGGACUGGACCUUGCCGCCGAUGGUAUCAUCGUCGUGACGGUACAGUACAGAACCAAUGUCUUCGGGUGGCUGACGUUGGGCCAGAAGUAUGCACCAGGAAACCUUGGUCUGCUCGAUCAGCAAUUGGCGCUCGUCUGGAUAAGGGAUAACAUACAAAAGUUUGGCGGCGAUACAAAUCGGUUGACAUUGCUUGGACAUGGCACGACCGGUGGCCCAAACGUGAUGACCCAUAUGGUAAGCCCACGCGCAAGGGGUCUCUUUGCACGGGCAAUCAUUAUGUCGGGCACGAUCUUUUCACCGUACUCGGAGAUAAACGCCGAUAGCAAGCUGUCGCAAGAAAUUGUUCGGAUUUUAGCGUGCAAUUACGAUAUAGGAAGAAACGUGCUGAAAUGUCUGCAGCAAAAAAGUAUCCACGAUCUGCUGCGAGCCUAUGAGUACAUCUAUCGCAAUGGGAACUAUACCGUCAAUCUUGGGCCAAUCAUAGACAGCUAUCAAGCUCCGGCAAACCGGUACAUUAUCGAUGAUCCUCGAAAGCUGUUCCAAGCCAAGGCCCUCUUCAUGGAGGACAUGCCUAUACUGUUCGGCAUCACAAGCAACGAAGGCGGAUUCAUGUACAGCAAGUGGAUUGAGCUGGCUCGGCAGAGCAUUGAUUCGCUCAAAAAGUAUAUUAACGACACACUACUUCCGAACAUUAUCGAGCGGUAUGACUUUCAAGGAAUUGGACAAGAUCAGAUACGAGAAACCAUCUAUUGGCGAUACUUUGAUCAAAUUCCUCAAACAACAGCACAUCAUAUACAUGCCAUUAUCAAAGUCAUAUCGGAAACACGCUACGAAAUACCCUUCUACAGAACGCUCCAAGCCCUAAGCUCCCGAAAAAAGUCCACAGGCCCAGAAUCAACCACUAGCGUAGAAAGUUUGCUAGCAAGUGCAGACGACAAUGCCGAAAAGCGAUCUAAUGUCAGCAGGCUGUACGUGUACCUGUUCCAUCAUCCCAAUUCAAUGGACAUGAGAGGGAAGAUUAACUUUUUUGGAGGAGCAUCACAUUCCUCGGAUUUACCGUUCCUGAUGGGGCCAAGCCUUUAUAGAGAAAUUGGCCGCCGACGGUUAUCAGCGGUGGAAGACAAGCUUUGCAAAAAAAUGCGAUCGCUGUUUAGCGAGUUUAUCAAAGGCGGCAACCCAACUCCCGGACGUCAAUUUGACUCCUGGAAACCGUACAGCGAUGAGCUGAAACACAUCAAAUUGAUUUCCGCAAAACCGGAAUCGUUUCACCGAAACGAUCAUACAUCGUUGGAAAACACGUUUGAAGAUAAUUUACAGGAAAUUGAGGAAAAACUUAUCGGCUCCAUAGACGUACAGGAAAUGUCUUCCGAUGCAAAUACGUCAAAGAACCCGUACAAUCUUAAUCCCAACAUACAGGCGGACCAGGAGAAUGCGAGAACUUCAAAGAAUGCUGUCUUUCUCGCCAGUGCAAGAGAUUCAGAGUACUUCUACUAUCUUCGAAAGAUGGACAGCUUCUGGGAUCAGUUUCUUCCCAAGCUUAGUCAAAUCAUGAACGAAACGAAUCAGGAAAAGCUUCGCAACCGUCGAAUCGACCUGACGCUUGAAGAGGAGCAGGAUCUGUUCCGCGAAACGGCAGCUGCUUCCAAGUACAAACAUGCCUUUUUCUCCAUGCUAACGCUGGUCUGCAUGCUGUUGGCUGUGCUGUGCAUCCUUUUCGAUCGGAAGAAUCGACGAAAAAAGCCCGACGUUAGCAGCAUGGGCGAUGAGGACGAAAUUAACGUUACGGCAAUUAGCCAUCACCGGAUAAAGACGGCGGAGCGUGUGAUACGCACUAACCCACUGUACGGUGACAAUUUUCGCAAACUUAGCGAAAGCCUUAGCUCGGGCACGGGCGAUAGUAGCGGUGUGAGUGCUAGCAAUCGAAAUGUUUUAGGAACCCACCGAUCACCGCAUACGAUGAGAAUGGAGCGGCCGGUAGCUAUUUUGACCGAUUUAGACGAAGAUCUAGAGGUCAGCAACUGGCGGUAUCAACUAUCGGCAAGUCAUUUUUCACCCAAUACGAACAGUCGACGACAGAGGCAACAACAGCAGCUGUGAAUACAUUUAGACCACGAAGCUUGGCGGUUUGGACGAAAUCGGAUAGCAAUUGCAAUAUUGGUAAAUUCAAAAGCAAGCAGUUCCUAUUUGCAAUCCUGUAUUUAAAUUCGAACGAUACAGAAAUUUAACUAAAAAUUAUGAAUUCAGACAGUUUUGAACACAUUGUAAUAUAAUCUGUAUCAUAUAGGGCGUGCAAUAAAUUUGAAACAAUAAUUUAACUAA